UCACACGGAAUUGAGGCGUCAGGUUUAUUAUCAAUUCACUAGCGAUGUGUAUAACACGUGAAAUCUGUUUUAAUUUCGAACCAGAAAACGAAUCAGAACGCAAUCUAAAUCCGAAUCUUCAGAACCGAAUCUUCAGGCAAUACUUUAUAAACUAACUUUGAAGCGAAGUUGUUGGUAUCGACUUUCACAACGCUACUAUUUUCAAAUUAACUUUCGAAGUGAUUAUAACUCAACAUUAGUGCCAUGAUUCGUGGAAGAACAGCGAAAAACAUAAGCUCUGCCUCGAACAUUGAUGCGCUGGAGGAGAAGAACAGGCUGCAGAGGAAGUAUCGUAUCUUGAUGGGAGAUUUGGAGGCCGCCAGAAUCCAUACACAGGAGUAUAUUCACAAGCAGUGGCUUGAGAUAGACGUAUUAUGUAAGCAGCACAUGGAAGUGCAGGAGAAACUGAAUGUAUCCCAGAGCCAACCGUACAGGCAGUCUGACAGACACUGUGGCCAGCAGCUCCGGGCUCUGCUGAAGCGCUGCGACCAGCUCGACAAGGAUAUGGAGAGCGAGAGACUCAUUCAAGUGCAGCUUAAGCAAGAGAUCCAGUGUAUUCAGAAGGAACUGGAAGAUAGUAAGCUGGAGUUUCAGGCUCAAGAAUUUGAAGAGUUCAAUGGAAAUAAACUGGAAAAUAAACUGGAACAUACUCAAAAUUGUAUCAACAUGAAGAUGGCGGAGAAAUGUCAGCUGAAAAAGGAGGUAGAUAAGCUGCAUAUGGAUCGUGUUCAAUUCCAGCAGUUGCACCGCAAUCUGAACAAGGAGCUUCAGAAAAUCCAACGAGACAUUAAUGAUGUUGUCGACAUAACAAUGGCAGCUCAGGAUGAAAGGGAGAAGGCCCAAAUGAAGAUGAUGAUGAUGAUGAGGGAGAAGAAGCGCAUUGAUGAAUUCAUGGCUACCGAGUACAGAGAGUGGAAAGGACUGGACGAUGCACUCAGCCAUAGACACUGUGAAAGCUCCAGAUAUUUUGGCACUCUUGAAAUGAAAGAGAAGUGCUGGACCGACUCAGAGGUUUCAGAGGAGGACCUAAAGGAACUUUUCCGGAGGCUCCAGGAGGUGAUCAGCGAGGAAGAUUUGGAUAUGCUAGUCACCAAACUGUUCCAGGGUGAAGAAAGGAACUUCAAUCUCUAUAAAUACCUGAAUGAGCAAAACUCAACGUCUGAGGGUCUGAAACAUCAAAUCACAGAGUUUAAAGAGAAGAUAGAGGAGAUCAAUGAGAAGGAUCGGAAGAAGGAGCAGGAGCAUCAAAAGAUUCUCAAGCAGAUGAAGGAGCAAUGGAGAGACACUAAAGCUCAGACCCUGGAGUACCAGUCCAGGACCAAACAAGUUACUGAGUCCCUGGAUCAGAUUUACACAGGAGUGAAACGUGUGUUUGAUAAGAUCAAUUGUGAUCAUGCGGCAUUGGAAGACACGCUCUGUGAUUCAAGUGGAAUUAAAUAUUCCAGUGUGAUGAUAUACCUGAAGAUGGUGGAGGAGAAAAUUGACGAGUUGCUCGCUAUCCAUAACUUCAUCAAAUCUAAGGUACAGGUUCAUGAUCCGGAACUGAGUGAGGAGGAGAAACAAACUUCUGACUUUGAACCUCCUUCUUUAAGUGAUGAUGAACUGCUGCCAAUCCCACAUGAGGAUGAUGUAUCAUCUGGGAAGACUCUCGAAAGCGUAUAAAAGGAUGGGAAGAAGCGAUGUGUGCUGAGAAGAUCAAAUUGGCUGAGGAUAGAAAACUCAAAGCUCUGUCCAGUCACAAAAAACAUGCCGGAAUCUCAAUAAAAAACUCAAUACAAGUGUUCAAUAUUCUAAAUCUUUUAAAAAAAAAAAAAAAAAAAGGAAUUA